GAGUUUUUAUAAUGCUUUCAUUAUGUUUCAACUUUGAUGCCAGCCAUGCCAACCGCAAACUUCUCUUUAAUUUCUUCCUAUCUCCUUAACGUUUGUGCAAUCUUUAACAGCUAGCAAUAAUCAAUAUGCAUGUUUAUAGUUCAUUCAUCAUCAUAUAUGGAGUACCAUUAUUAUUGUUAUUAUUACCAUCAUAUAUAUGAAUAAAAUGCAAUAUGCAAUCAUGAUAUGAUAGUCCAAAGAGGGUCUCUUUGAGCUAACAAUUUAAUUAACCUCACCAACCAUCCUUUCACCAUUAAUACUAUAUUUAAGAUAGGAUAAGAAAGAGAAAGAUAAAAGAGAGUUUUUUUUUUUUUUUACUUUCCUACAUGUUCCUCUCAACUUAGGAGAAGUCGUUUUUCAAGUUCCUUUUUCAUUGUUUGGUGUUAAUAGUUUGUGUAUAUGGUAAAAUGGAAAUGCCCAUGAAAGUUAGGUUUAUUUUGUGCUGAUUGCAUUACUAGUAAUGGUUUUGUAGCUCCUUUUUUUAUCUAUUUUUUCUUUCUUGGUUUUGAAAGAGAAACAUUAUGGACACUAUUGUGAGGAAGAAAACAAUUUCCACUUCUACUCCUUCUUCAAAUCUUGUUCUUGCUUUAUUGUUCACCUUCCUUCUACAAACAAUUAUUAGAGUUGAAUGUAGCAACCUAAAUUACACAAAGUAUAGGAAAGUUAGUAGUUUGAGACUUGAAAGGAUUCAAAGGCACUUGGACAAGAUUAACAAGCCCCCUGUCCUAACCAUAGAGAGUGAAGAUGGUGAUCUCAUAGAUUGUGUUCACAAAAGAAAGCAACCAGCCUUAGAUCACCCCCUUUUAAAGAAUCACAAGAUCCAGAAAAUGCCAACAAUGAUGCCAAAGGGGAUGAAUAUUAAUGUAGAGUCACUUGAUAGAAGUAGUAAGAGUGGUGGUGAUGCAUGGCAAAUGUGGCACCAAAAUGGGACACGUUGUCCAAAGGGAACGGUGCCAAUACGGCGGAGCACGGUGCAUGAUGUGUUGAGAGCUAAGUCUUUGUAUGAAUAUGGUAAGAAACAACGGCGGUCGCCACUUUUAUUCCGCCGCAUCGAACCCCCAGAUGUUGUUAAUAAUGGCAAUGGCCACGAGCAUGCAAUUGCGUUCACAGAAGCUGGAGAAGAAUUGUAUGGAGCAAAGGCAACAAUAAAUGUGUGGGAUCCAACCAUAGAAGUAGUCAACGAAUUUAGUCUUUCUCAAAUUUGGAUUCUUUCUGGAUCUUUUGAUGGCUCAGAUCUUAACAGUAUUGAAGCUGGUUGGCAGGUCAGUCCGGAACUUUAUGGUGACAGUAGGCCUAGACUAUUCACAUAUUGGACGAGUGACACAUAUCAAGCAACAGGAUGUUACAACCUUCUUUGCGCUGGUUUUGUGCAAAUAAAUAGUAAGAUAGCCAUUGGAGCUUCAAUUUCACCUCUCUCUUCUUAUAAUGCCAAGCAAUAUGACAUUACCAUCCUCAUAUGGAAGGAUCCACAAGUUGGGAAUUGGUGGAUGAGAUUUGGUGACGGCUCAUUGAUAGGGUAUUGGCCAGUAGAGUUAUUCACACAUUUAGCCGACCGUGCCACCAUGGUGCAGUGGGGUGGCGAGGUGGUGAAUUCUCGUGCCAAUGGCCAACACACCUCCACUCAAAUGGGUUCUGGUCGCUUCGCCGAUGAUGGUUUUGGAAAAUCAAGCUACUUCAGAAACCUCGAGAUCGUAGACAUGGACAAUAGUCUCACCUCCGCGACCAACAUAGUAACCUUAGCCGAGAACAAAAAUUGUUACAAUAUCAAGAGCUUCUACAACAACAGAUGGGGCACACACUUCUACUAUGGUGGUCCGGGCAACAAUCCACAAUGCCGGUGAUCAUGAAAAUGAUUAAAUCAAAUUCAUGAUUAUCACUAUUUCUUCUAUUUCAGCACGUACUUAAUUAUACAAUAUAUGUAAUAUUUAAUCAGCUAGUUAAUUCAAGUCCAAUUAAGUCAUUUUUCUCUAGCUAUCUUUAUGUUACAUAUUCUUUACUUGUACGUAAAUAUAAAAUUGUUAUUGAGCCA